ACCGGCAGAGGAGAGAGAGGAGGAGAAGGAGAAGAAAUGGAGCCGCUUCGACAGAGAAGGCGGCUCCGGGCGCUGGGCGGAUAGAGAAGAUGCAGACAGCGACGGCGACUGGCGGAGAGAUGCGAGGCCUCCAAAGAAAGAAGAAGUAGAAGUUGACUUCAGAGGGGCCCGAGGCGCCAAGUUCCAGGCGGGGCCCCCAGAAGAAGAGAUCUCUUUCGCCAACAUCCGCAGGGGGCCCCCCCAGGGGGCCCCCGGAGGGGCCCCCGGGGGGGCCCCCGGGGGCCCCCGGAGGGAAGAAGAGGAGGUUGACUUCUCCACAGUGAGGAGCCAGCCCCGCCGGGGGGCCCCCCAGGGGGGCCCCCAGGGGGGCCCCCUGGGGAGGGUACGGAGCCCGCAGGUUGAGGAGGAUGUGGACUUCAGCCUGGCGCGCAGCGGGCCACGGGAGGGCCUGAGCAGCAGCAGCAGCAGCAGCAGCAGCAGCAGCUUCGCGCGCGACCGCAGCAAAAGAAACCCCAACGAACCAGUGGACUUCUCAGCAGCAAGAAAUGGCCCUUUGAGGAGGCCCAAAGAUUCCCCCGAGGUUUCCUUCAGCGGGCUCCGCAGCAGAGAAAAGCCAGGACCCAAGACGGAGCCAGACAAGGAAAGGUCCCGAGGCUUCAAGGAGGUGUUUGCUGCUGUUGUUUCUGGGGAACUGCAGCCCCAGGCUCGCCGCGAGAGCCCGACAGCAGAGCCAGCAGCAGCAGCAGCAACAACAGCAGCAGCAGCAGCAGCUCCUCCCGCGCCAGCCCCAGCAGCAGAAGGAGCCCCGCGCCUUAGCAGCAGCAGCACCUCUGCGCCGCAGAGCCAGAACAGCACAGCAGCACCUGCUGCUGACGCGGCGCAGCAGCAGCAGCAAGAACAGCAGCAGCAGCAAGAGCAGCAGCAGCAAGAGCAGCAGCAGCAAGAGCAGCAGCAGCAAGAAGCCGCUAAGCCCGCAGCAGCAGACAAGCAGCAAUCUGCUGCUUCAACGGCCUCUCCCAGCAGCGACGGCUCUUCAGUAGAAGGGCCUGUGGCUGCCCGGCAGCCAGCAGCAGCAGCAGCAACAGCAGCAGCAGCAGCAGAGCCUUCUGCUGAGAAGUUCGUGCCGCGGUGGAAGCGGCAAGCAGCAGCAGAAGCAACAGAAGCCCCGAAGCCAGCAGCAGCAAAGGAAGAGCCAGUUGUGCUGCAGCCAAUUCGGCUUGCUUCCUUAAGAGGUGGGGGAGCAGCAUCUGCUGCUGCUGCUACGGGCAGCAGCAGCAGCAGCAGCAGCAGCAGGUACGUCCCCCCCUGCCGCCGCGGAGAUGGCGCGGGCGCCAAGGAGCAGCAGCAAGGCAGCAGCGGCACAGUGGUGAGCCGUUUGCUGAGCUCUGCUGCAGCUGCGCGGGAGGCGGAAGCAGCAGCAGCAGCAGCAGCAGCAGCACAGAAGAAGCAGGAGGAUUUAGCAGCAGCAAGGAAGCAGCAGCUGGAGCUGAAACGGCAGCAGCAAGAAGCCGAACUGGCCAGAGUGCAGCAGGCCUUCCGCUGCAGCAGCCCCGAGGCUUUGCAUGCGUUUGUGGCCAAGCUGCAGCAGCUGCUGCAGCAGCAGCUGCAGCCGGAAGAAGUGCUGUCAGUGUUGCCAGAAGCAGACAAGGGCUCGCUUGCUGCUGCUAUUUGCUGCGUUGCUGCUGCUGCUAAGGCUGGGCUGGCAGCAGCAGACAGCAGCAGCAGCAGCUUCUGCUGCAGCGCGAAGCCUCUUGUCCCCGUGCUGCAGCAGCUGCUGCAGCAGGCAAGAGCAGCAAUCCAGGGGACUCCGGGCCCCUCUGUGCUUCUGCUGCGGCAGCUAGCCAGACUCAUCAACGCCAUAGGCUGCCCCCGACUGGCAGAGGACUGCUCAUUGGUAGAGGCGGUUUUCGACUGGCUGCUGCUGGAGAAGGUUGUUCCCCAGAGCGACUUCGUGGCGUGGCUGGAGGAUGUGGAGGACGAUACACCUGGCCGCACUGCGGUGAUGUUCCAGCUCGCCUCGUGGGGCCUCUGGGUGAGGGGAGAGUUGGGAGCCAAAGAGGAAAGCAGCGAGUCCGAGGAAGACAAAGAUGACGAAGACAUCGAAGCCCUCAUUCCGAAAAGAGGAGUUGUGCGGAUAAGUCGGCGGCUGCGAUGA